UCUACCAUAUCAUACCGCCAUCUUGAAAUGCAGUGUCAUCGGCAGCGCCUCAUAAGGUGGGAUAAGUUAACUCGGUUCGAGCCUCGUUUACGGUUGUACGGCAAAUUUUCUUUUGUAUUAAGCAAGCAUUAUGUCGAGUGGAGCGCUUUUCGGCAAUAAUGCGUCGCGCGGCGCCUCGAAAAAUCUGGUGGAGUUCAAGGCCGGCAAAAUGACCGUGAAGGGAAAGAUGGUUUAUCCGGACACGCGGAAGGGCCAGCUCUAUGUCUAUCAAUCCGACGACUCGUUAAUGCAUUUCUGCUGGAAGGACCGCACGACUGGGGUGGUUGAAGAUGACUUAAUUAUCUUCCCUGACGACUGUGAGUUUAAACAUGUUCCUCAGUGUAAAACCGGUAGAGUGUAUCUUCUGAGAUUUAAGUCAUCGAAUAAGAAGUUCUUUUUUUGGUUACAAGAUCUCAAAACUGAGAAGGAUGAGGAGCAUUGCAGAAAAAUUAAUGAUGUACUUAAUAAUCCACCUACUCCAGGAUCUCAGAGAAGUAGCGGUGCUAACGCCGAAGGAGAUCUUCAGAAUUUAUUAAACAAUAUGUCGCAACAACAACUUAUACAAUUAUUCGGCGGCGUUGGCCAGAUUGGGGGUUUAGGUAGUCUAUUAGGUACAAUGAAUAGACCGCAUGGUGUUCAGAGUACGAGAGCUUCCACCACGACUUCGUCUACUCCAGCCACUACUAAUGUAACUAGGCCACCCCAUUCAUUAACUCCUGGACCUAAUGCGGACUCUAAAUCUUCGAGUAAUAAUAAGUCGUCAACCAGAACGACAGCUCCGUCCACACCAGCUACGACAGCAGCUCCAAGCAAUAGGAUACAGCUUAGCGACUUGCAGAAUUUUCUAUCAGAAAUUCCAACGCCGUCUCGAACUGAGCCAGCUGUGCAGAGGGGCGUAGCGACAGAGCUGACCAACGCUAUCCCAGCGGCGAUCUCUACAACGGAGAGCUUGGAGAGUGCCAUGAACAUGCACUUGCCGCCCGGGGACAACCUGUCUACCACGCUCUCGUCUCCCCAGUUCUCCCAGGCGCUAUCAAUGUUCUGGUCUGCUUUGCAGUCGGGCCAGGCGGGCCCUGUCAUCCGUCAAUUUGGCUUGGGAACGGACGCUGUCACUGCCGCUUCCAGUGGAAACAUCGAAGAUUUCGUCAGUGCUAUGGAGUCCGAAGCGAAGAGCGGUCAAGGACAGCAAGCGCAACAGGGACAAGACGACAAGAGUAAGAAGCAAUCAUCAUCGGCCGAUAGUCCUGAUAAGAAGGACGAUGACGACGAAGGCAUGGCUUUAGAUUAAGGAUAAGAUUCGUACGCGUUUUUGAUUUCAGGCGGUUCCUUUUUCUAUCUGAAAACCAUGCGUUGCAUAUUAUACAUAUUGUUACAUUGAAUCUAUUACAUGCGCAAUAAAAAAAAAAUCUCAAUGGAUAUAUUUUCUUCUCCGAGAUAAUUUAGACGACAUAUACAUAUAUAUAUAAUUUCGGUAAAAUAUUUUUUUUUAGCGUGUAAAUGUUUUUCCAAUUUUCGAGAAUCUGCACUGUACAUCAAUGAAAGAUUAAUAAACACGUCGAUUAAAUAGAAAUAAGAAAUUCCAUCACAUGUUAUUCAAAUUACACAUAUGUAUGAAGAUUGAUAUAUUGGAUUUUGUAUACAAUAUACGUUUAUUGAAUUUAUCAAACUGCGGAUGCUUAAAUAAAAUAAUUUAAAAAAA